CUGUGUCCCCUCCUCUCUGUCCUGGAGACAUGCCUGUGCAGGAGAUGGCGGUGAGUCCUGUCAAGUCCCUGUACUGGGAGCCGUUCCCCCCCAUGUCGCAGCGCCGCGUCUACUGCACUCCCGUCUACCACGAAGGCCUGCUCUACGUGCUGGGGGGCUGCAGCGAGACGGGCACGCCCCUGGACAGCGUCGAGGUCCUGGAUGUGGAGAGCCAGACGUGGAGCCAGCUGCCGCCGCUGCCCACUGCGCGGGCGGGGGCCUCGGCCGUGGCCUUGGGGGGCCAGGUGAUGGUGCUCGGGGGCAUGAACCAGCAGCAGACCCCGCUGGCGUCCGUGGAGAUGUACCACCCCGACGAGGGCAAAUGGGAGACGAAGGCCAGCCUGGGUCAGCCGUCCAUGGGAGUCACUGCUGUGGAGAAAGAUGGAAAGGUGUAUGCGCUGGGAGGUAUGGGAACCGACACAACGCCACAGGCCCUGGUGAGGGUUUAUGACGCGGAGAAGGACCAAUGGCAGCCGAUGACCUCCAUGCCCACGCCGCGGUACGGAGCCACGCCCUUCGUAAUUGGAAAUAAAAUCUACAUGAUGGGUGGUCGUCAGGGAAAGAUGCCGGUGACGGCGCUCGAGGCUUUUGACCUGGAUAUGAAGAGCUGGACACGUUACUCCUGCAUCCCGAGCCGGAGGGCCUUUUCCUGCUGCGCUACCAAUGAGCGAAGCCUCUUCAGCCUGGGGGGCCUCCAGCAGCCGGGGCCGCAUAACUUCUACUCCAGGCCUCACUUUGUCAGUACCAUGGAGGAGUAUGAUCUGGAUCAAGGUAUCUGGAUCAAACCCAGCCGGACAUCCAGGAUGAGGGAGAAGAGGGCUGACUUUGUGGCAGGAUGCCUGGGAGGAAGAGUAAUCGCAGCUGGUGGUCUAGGUAAUGAACCAUUGCCGUUGGGCACGGCGGAGAGCUACAACCCUGUGAAGCGUCGCUGGGAGUACGUGGCGCCCAUGCCCACUGCACGCUGCUCCUCUGCCCUCCUGCAGACAAACAGCAUGCUCUUUGUCAUCGGCGGAGUCGCCCAGGGACCGAGUCAUGCUGUGGAAGCCCUCUGCUUACCGGAAACAGUGUGACACAUGCACACACGCUAACACACACACACACAGGAGUGCAAACUGGCAUUGAUAUUUUAUUCAUGUGUGUGCUAAACACAGAC